CAACGGUUGCUCAGCUGUUCGUUUCCCGCACUCUCGGUUGUUUGCAUCUGGCCGUUAAAAACAGUCGUUUUUGUCGGUUAGGGGUAGCUUGGGCGGACGUCAAGGGUUCAUUUUUCCACGUUCUUUGCGAAUUUUCCCGUUUUGUGAAUAUAUUCGGCUUCGGCGCGUCCCAAGGAAUGGCAUCCGUUAAAAUUCACCCAGAUCAAGAAAACAGGGUGCCAGAUUUGCGCCAAAAACAGUCGAAUAACGUAAUGGCUGCUCAGCAAAAGCGGCCCAUUCUGGGUGUAAUCGACAACAACAAAACCAACAAAGUCAUCCCGAAAGGAAAACAGGUUUCUAAGGUGUCUAAUCCGCUGAAACGGUCGACUUCGGUGAACGAGCGGGUCAAGAAUGCCCAGAACAACGAAAAUAAGAAAAAUUUGGUGGUUCCUGUGGCUCAGUUUGAGGCGUUCACGGUUUACGAGGACGAUGAUCAUCAGGCCCGGAUUGAUGAGAGGCUGCGGUUGAUUAGUAAGAGUAAUGUUUAUAAGGGGACGGCUGAAGACAGGUUUAUUACGAAGUCGGAGUUGGCGGAGAUUGCUAGGCAGAAGAACAUUGAGAAGCUGAAGGAGGUGGCCAAGUUGCCGGUGCUUGAACCAAAAUAUGAGGAUAUUAAGGAAGAGUCUGGAGUGGAGACUCCCAUGAGUAUUGAGAAGGUGAAUGAUGAGAACAACAGCCAGCUCGCUGAACAAAUCAUAAUGAAAAAUGCUCAUUCGAAAGACAUUUUCUUUGAAAUGGAGGAGUACAGGGAUGAUAUCUAUGCAUAUUUGAGGGAGCAUGAGUUACGACAUCGGCCUAAGCCUGGUUACAUCAUGAAACAACCCGACGUAACCGAAAAUAUGCGUGCCGUUCUAGUGGAUUGGUUAGUGGAAGUAACAGAAGAGUACAGAAUGCACACCGAAACCCUUUACCUGGCGGUGAAUUUCAUCGAUCGUUUCUUGAGCUAUAUGUCAGUGGUUAGGGCCAAAUUGCAACUAGUUGGAACGGCAGCCAUGUUUAUAGCUUCAAAAUACGAAGAAAUUCUUCCUCCAGACGUAGGGGAAUUUGUUUACAUCACUGACGACACGUACGACAAACAUCAGGUAAUCCGAAUGGAGCAUCUAAUUUUAAGGGUUUUGGGUUUCGAUCUAUCAGUGCCAACACCGCUGACUUUUAUAAACGCCAUUUGCGUUUUAACGAAGCAGAUGGACAAAACAAUGUACCUCGCUAUGUAUCUGAGCGAAAUUGCGCUUUUGGAAGUGGAACCCUACUUGCAGUAUUUACAAUCAGUUCUAGCAUCAUCUGCUAUAGCACUUGGCAGACAUACGCUAGGGGAAGAAGCCUGGGAUGAGACUUUACAAAAGAGGGCAGGCUAUAGCCUGAAACAAUUACAGUCUUGUAUUGAAUUCUUAUAUGACAUGUUUGUAAAAGCACCUACACAUCCGCAACACGCCAUUCAAGACAAGUACAAGUCUAUGAAAUACAUGGGCGUUUCAAAAAUUGCCCCCAGGAAUGAAAUGAUACUGUUUGACUAAAUAAGACUGUCUACCAUGUAGAAAAUUUGCCUUACAUUUUGGUCUUUUUUUUAUUUUUGUUAGAAAAUUAUAUUAAUUUGUUUUUUCUUGAGCUUGUGUGCGACCUCUACUAUAAAUUACUUCCACUUUCUACUGUUUGCUAUAUAAAAUUUACUAGUGUACUUUUAUGGAUCGGAAAUUCCUGACUUUUAUAUUUUUUGUUGUUUUGUGUAGAAACUUCUUUAAUAGUUUCUUAGACGACUUUUUUUGUACAGUUUAUUUAUUUUUAAGUAUUAGUUAAGCAAUGCCAUGUAAGGACGAGCACCAAUGAAUUUGCCAUCUCAAACAACUUAUAACGUUUAUAUUUAGACAAUAUUGUUAGUACCUUUCGAAAUUUUUGAUAUUUUUGUACGUUCGCAAUAAAAA